AUGGCUUCCAUUGGGAAUAUCAUCUUUGGCAGCAUGAUCAUCCUCAUAUUUGUGAUGAGUGGGUUCAUUAUUCUGCUCUUGGCCAUCGCAUUCUCAGGUGGUCAGGGCUUUCUGAGAGCCACUAACCGCUCCCCCGUUGGGAACCUGAGGCAGGACGUAGUCUUGGACUGCAGCUUCAGCCCAAAGCAGGACAGCCAGGGCAGGUCUGGUGACGUGUCCGUCACCUGGAAGAAAGUGGGUCUCACAGGGGUGGUGUAUCGCUACCAGAACCGGGCUCCAGAUCUGGUUGACCAGAACCCCACGUUCAAGGACAGAACCCAACUCUUCCCGAAUGCCUUGGCCAGUGGGAAUGCUUCUUUACUUCUGCAGAGGGUUAGAGAGCAGGACCAGGGCGUGUAUCAGUGCAUCGUGAGCGCCCCUAGUGGCAAGGGGUCUAUCAACAUUCAUCUCUGGGUAGCAGCAUAUUCCGCUCCCAAAUUCAAACAGGUGGGAACCAACUUAACAGCAGAGGCUCAGAGGUGGUUCCCCAAACCCAAUGCCGCCUGGGCGGACCACACUGGCCGCGCCCUGAACAGCAGUACCCAGUUUUUCAACAACUCUGCCGGAAUCUUCCGGGUGAUGAGCACCCUGCUAGAACCGGCCCACAGGGACGAAACCUACACCCUCGUUAUCAGUAACCAUCUCGUCAUCGCCAUCUCCGAGGCAACUCUGACAGGGGACUCUGACGUGCCAGUGAGGACCGACUUCACAUUCAACACUGCAUCACCCAGGCUGCUGACCUCGUGUCUCGCCCCAACACUGCUCUCUUUCUGCCUGCUGUUAACAUGA